AUGUCGGACUCAAAUGACUCAAAGGGGAAGAAACCCAUGCGUCCAGAGGACGAAGCCAACCCCAAGCCCGUUGGCGGGGCCGAGGCAGACACUGACGAGACUCCUUCCUCCGGUACGACGAAGAAAAUCCCCGCCAAAGUGGUCGAGUCAAUGCUGGAACAGAACCCAGCACUGAAGAAAGAGCUCGCCGCGAUGGACAAGAAUAAGGCCGCGGAGGCGCUGCAGAACAUGGAUAUCUCACAAUUACUCACUGGACUGGCGCUGGGAGGCAAGAACCAAAAGGAUAUGGCGUCGUACAAGUUCUGGCAGACUCAGCCCGUGCCUCACUUCGAAGACCAGGGCCGCCAGAAGCAGGUGACCCAGGGCCCGAUCAAGAGGAUCAACCCCGACGAAGUGUCCAAGACGCCGGACCCGCUGCUGGAGGGAUUCGAGUGGUGCACCCUAGAUCUGACCAACACCGAGGAGCUCAAGGAACUCUACGAGCUGCUGAACAACCACUACGUCGAGGAUGACAAUGCCAUGUUCCGAUUCAGCUAUUCGCAGUCGUUCCUGCACUGGGCCCUGAUGUCUCCCGGCUGGAAGAAGGAAUGGCACGUCGGAGUGCGCGCCACCAAGUCCCGCAAGCUGGUUGCCUCGAUCUGCGGUGUCCCCACGGAGCUGCGCGUGCGCGGCGAGCGCAUCAAGGUCACCGAGAUCAACUUCCUCUGUAUCCACAAGAAGCUGCGCUCGAAGCGGUUGACCCCGGUCCUGAUCAAAGAGAUCACCCGGCGCUGCUACAUCAAUGGCAUCUUCCAGGCCAUCUACACCGGUGGCAUCAUCCUGCCCACUCCCGUCAGCUCCUGCCGGUACUACCACCGCGCGCUGGACUGGCUGAAGCUCUACGAAGUCGGCUUCUCGCCCCUGCCUCAUGGCUCGACCAAGGCUCGCCAGAUCACCAAAAACCACCUGCCCAACCAGACCGCCAUGCCCGGUCUGCGGCCCAUGGAAGCCAAAGACAUCGACGCUGUCUUUGACUUGCUGGAGCGGUACAUGCGGCGGUUCCAGCUCAACCAGGCCUUCACGCGCGAGGAGAUCGACCACUGGCUGGUGCACAAGGAUCUUCCCGCGCAGGAUCAGGUCGUCUGGUCGUAUGUGGUGGAGGAUCCGGAGACGCACAAGAUCACAGACUUUGUCUCGUUCUACAACCUCGAGUCCACGGUCAUCGAUAACCCCAAGCACAAGGUGGUGCGCGCAGCGUACCUGUACUACUACGCGACCGAAACGGCAUUCACGGAGGACACUAAGGCGCUCAAAAAGCAGCUGCUGGCGCUGAUCAACGACGCCCUCAUUCUGGCCAAGAAGGCCCAAUUCGACGUGUUCAACGCCCUUACACUGCACGACAACCCGCUGUUCCUGGAGCAGCUCAAGUUCGGGGCGGGCGAUGGGCAGCUCCAUUUCUAUCUGUACAACUACCGCGCGGCGCCGGUGCCGGGAGGGAUCAACGACAAGAACCUGCCGGAUGAGAAGCGUAUGGGCGGCGUUGGGAUUGUCAUGCUUUAA